GGCAGAUCGUUAAAUAUAGUAAUAGUUAAAAGAUCACGAUUUCAUAGAAUUUGAUAUAUCAGUUAUUACAAAUGUAUUAAAAUGAGCGUCGACUCCAGUAAACUAAAUCAGUGUGCCUCUGAAAUAAAUCUGGACGAGCAACAAUAUUUGGACCUUAUUCAAAGAAUAAUUACUAAAGGCGUGGAUCGGUCGGAUCGAACUGGUGUUGGUACACGAUCAGUUUUUGGUGCCCAAAUGCGCUUCGAUCUGCGAAAUAGUUUUCCAUUACUAACUACGAAGCGAGUAUUUUGGCGUGCUGUCGCUGAAGAAUUGCUGUGGUUUGUUCAUGGUAAAACAGACGCUAAAAUACUUCAAGAAAAAAAUAUUCACAUAUGGGAUGGAAACAGUAAUCGGGAGUUCUUAGACAAAUGUGGGUUUUCCGAUAGGGAGGAAGGUGAUCUAGGCCCAGUUUAUGGUUUUCAGUGGCGUCAUUUUGGGGCCAAGUACAGAAACUGCAAGGACAGUUACAAAGAUGAGGGUAUAGAUCAACUUCAGCAAGUAAUUGACACAAUCAGAAACAAUCCAAAUGAUCGGCGUAUUAUAAUGUCUGCUUGGAAUCCUGUCGAUAUCCCUCAAAUGGCUCUACCACCUUGUCAUUGUCUUGCACAAUUUUUUGUUGCCAAUGGAGAAUUAUCUUGUCAAUUAUACCAACGCAGUGCCGAUAUGGGAUUGGGUGUACCAUUUAAUAUUGCCUCGUACGCUUUGCUUACCUAUAUGAUUGCUCAUAUUACUGAUCUCCGACCAGGGGAUUUUGUCCACACUUUGGGCGAUGCACAUGUCUAUAAUAAUCAUAUUGAAGCAUUAAAAGAACAGUUAACGCGAAAACCUCGGGAGUUUCCUAAAUUACUUAUUAAGCGUGAGUUAAAAUGCAUUGAAGACUUCACGUUUAAGGACUUCGAACUUAUCGACUACAAUCCGUAUCCAAAAAUUUCAAUGGAAAUGGCUGUUUAAUACAAUCCGUAUCCAAAAAUUUCAAUGGAAAUGGCUCCUUAAUACAAACAUAUAACUAUAUCCAUAUGUAUAAAAGUGUAUCUGAAAUUA